CCUCCCUCCCCGCCCGGCCGCGCUCCCCUCCGUGACCCUCCCGGGGAGCCGGGCAGGGCGAGAGAGGCGGCGGCGUCAUGUGACAGCGCGGCCCGGUGCCAGCAGCCCGGGGGGAAGGCGGGAGGCAGGCAGGCAGGGAGGGAGGCAGGGCGGGAGGGAGCGAGGCCGGCCCCUCCUCACACACACACACACACACACACACACACACACACACAGAGCCGGAGCCACGGCGCCUCCAGCCUCUAGCCUCGCCGCCCAGCGCCCCCACGGCGCCCUCCGCACCUCCCGCCCAGCAAAUCCAGAUAACAAGAAGUGUUUGGCCGCACAGUCUUGGCCGGGACAUCGCAGGCAUCAGAACAGGUGAAUAAAAAAGAUGCUAAUGUUUGACCCAGUCCCUAUCAAGCAAGAAGCCAUGGACCCUAUUUCAGUGUCAUACCCGUCCAAUUACAUGGACCAAAUGAAGCCAAACAAGUACAGCGUCAUUUAUUCUACACCGAGCAUGUUGCACAAUAAAUUCUACUCAAACGCUGACGGACUAUCGAAUGGAAUCCAGAUGGAGCCAGUAGACCUUACGGUGAACAAACGAAGCUCACCACCUUCCGCUGGAAGUUCUCCUUCCCCCUUGAAAUUUCAGACUGUGCACAGGAGAACUUCACCUGGAUUGACUCUGUCCUCACCCAGCUCACCUAUCAGUAAAUUCACGCCAUCACCCCCAGGAGUACAGCCUUUAUCUAUGCCCAUAACAAUCCCACCUGUAAUGGCUGCUGCUCUUUCACGCCAUGGACUGAGAAGCCCUGGAAUACUCCCAGUUAUCCAGCCUGUUGUGGUCCAGCCCGUUCCUUUUAUGUAUGCUCCCCAUCUCCAGCAACCCAUCAUGGUGUCCACAGUUCUUACAGAUGAGAUGGAAAGUCCAAGUAGCAUGCAAGUGCCUGUCAUUGAGUCUUUCGAGAAGCCUACACUGAAGAAAACAAUUAAAGUAGAACCAGGAAGCGAGCCAUCAAAGACUGACUUCUAUCCUGAACGAAUGUCACCUCCAAUGACCUCAUUGUCUCCCCAGCAAGUGAUGCUGCAAGAGAAUCACCCUUCGGUUAUAGUUCAGCCUGGAAAGAGACCUUUACCUGUGGAAUCACCAGACACGCAAAGAAAACGCAGAAUACAUCGGUGUGAUUAUGAAGGCUGCAACAAGGUCUACACUAAAAGCUCCCACCUGAAAGCUCACAGAAGAACCCAUACAGGUGAAAAACCAUACAAAUGCACUUGGGAGGGAUGCACGUGGAAGUUUGCUCGUUCUGAUGAACUAACGCGGCAUUUCCGCAAGCAUACAGGAAUCAAACCUUUUCAGUGCCCAGACUGUGACCGUAGCUUUUCACGUUCGGACCAUCUUGCUCUUCACAGAAAACGUCACAUGCUAGUCUGAGUGUCUUCUGUCCCUUGACUCCUGUCAACACUUUUUUUUUUUACACAUGCAUUUUAAUUUGGGUUCAGCUGGUCUGAAUCUCUGAGUUUAUACCAUUAAAGGCUUACAUAUGGUCAGUAAUAGAUGUUAUCUAACCCUUCUAUGUCCUUGCCACGGGUCAGACCUAAAGAAUGUGAACACUUUUUUUUUUCUUUCUCCUGGGGAUGCUAAGCAAACCCUUUCUGCAGAGAGUAUGUUUAAUGUAUUCCAUUGUGAAUAAGGGAAUUUGUAAGCAAACGGCUUUUGUUGGUUUCUUCGUAUAAUCAACCCAGCAUAUACUGAUAAAGUAGUAAAUGUUACUGAAUAUCCAAAAUGCUAGUCCUUGCCAGAGACUUUAUUUAUGUGCCCUCUAAGGGAUACACUCUCAUUUUAUGCUCAACAAUGCAAUGAAUGGAUUUCCCAACCUUAUUGAUUUUUGCAAUGUGGUUAAUACAGCAGUUUUAGAAAGACACCUGAUUUAGAAAUCCCCUCUGCCCAAACAGUGAAUAACACCGUAGGAAUAAAUCUAAGCAAUAUACUUGACAGGAAGAUUGAGUCAUAGUACCACUCACCCCAGUUAAGAAGAAAAAUUAGCAGGAAUUGGGCUUCACAUAAUAUUCUGUAUCUAAACCAAUGUCAUCUGUCCUCUGUAUUAUAGUGUAGUAUACAGUCCUGUUCUUACUGCAUAAAGCCCUGGUGGAUUUGUUAAAUGAAGACCUUGCGUGACACUGUAUGUCUGUUUUCUGUGCACCUGUAUGGAUGGAACACAUACGGUACUCUCCUGUAACAUGGCAUUAAAAGAUACUCAUAGAAACCUACCACACCUCAUUUCAGGGAUGUAGACUAUCCCUCUGUAAUCACUCCCCUACAUUUCCUUUACUUUAGAUAUUUUUUUUUUCUGCUGUACCUCAGAAAAUAGAAAUUGUCAUGUCAAAAAUGCUCUGAACUGUAUUGUUGCGAGUUCCACUUUAAUACGCUACAGUAUUUUAAAAUAUUAAUUCACAAUAUUUUUAUGACAAGAUGGCAUCAAAUACGAAGCACUUCUGAUGAUAAAUUGAGUCAUGUAUCUGUUUUGGAUAAAAAUGUAUACCAAACCAUCCACUUGACAAUUCUGGUCUGUGACUCCAGUAGUCUCUCAAUGCUAGGUAGACAAAGCUUUCCUGUGGAUAUGUCUAUUGCAUUAAAAUGUCAUAUCAGCAACUCCUCACUCCCAGGUCAGUUAGCAAACACACCUCCGUAGUAGAAUACAAAUAGAACAAGCUGAAUUCAAACAACAUAUAGCUGACCCUAGAAACAUUCUGGUAUGUGGAAUACCACUGAAAGGAAGGUUUACGUCUUUAUUAGCUGGCAGAUUGUGGCACUACAAGGAAACAGGAUGUAUUUGUCUAGACUCUAGCACACCAUGGAGUUUUUGUUCUUUCCCCUAUGUAAGGUAAACACCAUUCCCUGCAAUGUAAACAUGAUGAAGUCAGAUUUUCCUUUCUCUUGGAAAGACCCAGUGGGAAAUGGAGGGUUGUGGGGAGGAGGAAGUUGAUAAAAUCCUCCAGGAGGAGGCAGGUGGAGUGCCCAUCUGCACUAAAGGUGGGUACUUUAGGACCAAUGGAGAGGAACGCUGUGCUUCUACAUCCUGUGGAGUCCAACACCAGGCUGAAAUACUGCAGACACGUGAGACUUGAGUGUGAGGAGCCGUCCCUUGCUGACAGGGUUUACCAGGUGUUCAGCUGACACAUGCCCAUUACAGUAGAGAAAAAGGGGAGAAACAUGCUCAUGGUGAUUGCUGUAAAAUGCAAAGUAUUGUUCAAAUUGUGUAACAAAUCUUACGUAUGGGAAUAUGAAACCAGCAAUUUUAUUUAAGGAAUAGAGUCCUUCAUCUGUGCUCUGGAAAGGGCAGAAUGGGAGUUUGCAGUGCUGGGCUGAGGCUGGUUCUGCACAGCUUUUAUGAAGAAGAUCCGUACGCUCUGUUACCUCACCCCAAAUCCUCAGGACUUCACUAGGACUCACCCUGAUCGGUUUAUCUCCAGAACUGGAAAACCUGGAAAAUCAAUUGGUCCCUGUUUGCUUGACUGAUUUGUUACUAACGCUGAUAAGCUUGCUGCUGUUGAGCAGCUGUUUUAGAAUGGUGGUUAUCGUUGGAUUUUCAUUUCUUAUUUUCAGUGGUAGCAACAUUGUGAGGAGUCAGAAAUUGCCUCCUUCGUUUGGCUCAAGAUUUUGAUGGUAAUUGAUAAUUGUAGACCUGUUGCUGACUGAGGGGGCUGCCUGGAACUUUUGUAGCAUCAAGCACAGGUCUACAGCCACUUGGUAGCUUUUAUCCUGGGAUAAAAACAAUUCUCAAUGAUUUUAGGGGAAAAAAGUAGGUGAGAUCCUAUUAAUCUGUAAGUGGGUUAAUGGCAACUGAUCCCAUUUUUAGCUUAACAAAUGCAAAUGCCUAAGAUUUGGGGUGCUUAAGCAACAUUUCUUUCCAAUGCUUGAUCUCUCUUCUAAGGCUUUCAGAAGAUUUUUAAGGCUUUUCGCAAGAUGUUUUCUUUAAUGUGUUGUGGGUUUAUUUUAUUAUUUUAAACUAGAAAUAUAAAAUCAGAUACCUUAAAGGCUGAACUUCUUUUUACCUGAGAGUCACUUUGCAGAACUUAAUCUAUUUUAUUUACUAUGUUCAUUCAUUAGCCUAUGUACCUUUUUUUCCAGAAAAUAUUUAUGAUAAUGGUGGGGACAAAUACAGUGGAGAUGCAAUAGAACUUUUAAAUGUCUUUAGCUAUGUGCCUUGUGAUUUAGGACAACAAAAAAUUAAAUAUUAAAUAGAAAUAUUUGAGAUUUUUUCAUGUAAAUGCAUUGUUUGUAUGAUUUAUCACUUGGGUCUGUGGUGUCUGUGUAAUGUCAAAAAAGUCACAUGUAAAUAGGAUUUCAUCUUUUUGCUGAAAAACAUGCGUUUACAUCUUGAGUGGCUCGUUGACUCAUUUUAGCAAAUUUUGAUUUGAGGGGUACCAUGAAAUUUUUUAAUAUAUACAACUAAAUACUUUUUAACAGCCAGUCUUUCCAUCUAUGACCUAAAGAGAAGCCAGUUUAGAUAAAAAGAUUAAAAAAAAAAAAAAAACUAAUCCUGCAGACGAUGUAUAUUUCAAAAAACAUCUUUCACUAGCAGUGUUGCACUGUGCAGUAGGUAACAAAUAAUACUGUUCUACUAAAGUGUUCCUGUUGAAACCAUUUGAUUAUAAUGGGUUACUAGUUUCUAUGACAAUCUUAUAAAGCUAAGCAGGUGUUACAGUGUGGUUUUAUUUAAAUAUACACUGCCGUGCUGCAGUGGUAUUUCUAAUGCCACAUCUUGUCCAAAUAUGUUGUUGUCUCUGUCAAGGUUAGCAAAAUAUAGGUGAAUACAAAUCCAUUUUACGUAUCUUCAGAGGGCUACACCAGUUUUCAUUGUAUUUUACAGAUAUUAGUACUUUUCUGCUAUUUAUGUACUUUAAAUGUUAGAGGGUCAAAAUAAUCUUUCCGCUUAGCAUCUCUUACCUGCAAAUAUAGCAGGGGUGUUAUAUUUACUUUAAUAUGUGUAUAAACUAUGCAGAAUUUUUUUAAUAAAAUGUAAUAUAUUUUAUAAGCUAAUAAGACUGAAUGGGUAAUUAAAGGUUUCUAGUGUACAUUACUAUAACUUGCAGAUAUGGAGACAUUUUGGUAAUCUUUCUUACUAAAGAUGUGAAUGUUUAAUGUACUUUCACUGUUUCUACUCUGGUAGUCCGAUGGGAAUUCAGUAAUGACAUUUUGUCAUGUCAAACUGUGAACAUAAAUUUGUACUGUACAGUCCUCAUACUAUAUUUAGUAUAAAAUACAUAUGUAUUAUACUUGUUAAUAAAGCCAUCAGAAUA